ACCAGGCCUCCCCGGGCGUGUGGUCUGGCAGUGACUUUCGGAGCCGAAUCCUAGGCCAGGAUCUGGGGAGCGGAGGCGGUCAUUCCACCGGCGCCGGGCCCGUUCGGUUUCGGUGGGGCCCAGGCCCGGCUGCUCACCGCGGCCGCUUUAAGGCGCUGGGCCCGCGGCCGAGACGUGGCCCGCCCGCCCGCUCUCGCCGGGGCGGAGUCCCGCAGGCCCCGCCCCCGGGCCGCGCGGGCGCAUUGGCUGCGCGGGGCGCGGGCGCGCGGUGGCACUUUGAACCGGUCGCGGGGCGGUUGCGGCCGGGGUCGCGGUAGCUGCCCGGGUCGGACCGGGUCGGGCGGGCCGAACCGCAGCGGAUCGGGCCAUGGCGGCCGAGGCGCGCGUGUCGCGCUGGUACUUCGGGGGCCUGGCCUCCUGCGGGGCCGCCUGCUGCACGCACCCGCUGGACCUGCUCAAGGUGCACCUGCAGACCCAGCAGGAGGUGAAGCUGCGCAUGACGGGCAUGGCGCUGCGGGUGGUGCGCUCGGACGGCGUGCUGGCCCUCUACAACGGCCUGAGCGCCUCGCUCUGUAGACAGAUGACCUACUCGCUGACUCGGUUCGCCAUCUACGAAACUGUCCGGGACCACCUGACCAAGGGCAGCCAGGGGCCUCUCCCCUUCUCCAGCAAGGUGUUGCUGGGUGGAGUCAGUGGUUUAACCGGAGGCUUUGUUGGGACCCCAGCGGAUUUGGUCAAUGUCAGGAUGCAGAACGACAUGAAGCUGCCCUCAAGUCAGCGGCGCAACUACGCCCAUGCCCUGGACGGCCUGUACCGUGUGGCCCGUGAAGAGGGUCUGAAGAAGCUGUUCUCAGGUGCAACUAUGGCCUCCAGCCGCGGGGCCCUCGUCACCGUGGGUCAGCUGUCCUGCUAUGACCAGGCCAAGCAGCUGGUCCUCAGCACCGGGUACCUUUCUGACAACACCUUCACCCACUGUGUCGCCAGCUUCAUUGCGGGUGGAUGUGCCACGUUCCUGUGCCAGCCCCUGGACGUGCUGAAGACCCGCCUGAUGAACUCCAAGGGGGAGUAUCAGGGUGUGUUCCACUGUGCUAUGGAGACUGCGAAGCUCGGACCACUGGCCUUUUACAAGGGCCUCUUUCCUGCGGGCGUCCGGCUCAUCCCUCACACUGUGCUCACCUUCGUGUUUCUGGAGCAGCUGCGGAAGCACUUCGGUGUCAAAGUGCUGACCUGAUGGCCCCCGGGCUGCUGGGCAGCAGGGCCCCAGCCACCGGCACCAGCCCUGGGAAGAGGCGGGCUCCUGUCCUUCCCAGCCUGGGCCCACCCUGGGCCACCUCCACACUGGGGCUGGGGGCCUCCCAACCCUGCCUGGGCCAGGGCUCCCUGCAGGGGCCUGGCCCCCUCUCUGAGCCUCCCCACCCCCACGGGUGUCUCCCCAGCCUCUCCCCCGACAGGGGCCGGUUCUGGGCUGAGGCUGGUCCCCAGCCCGCUGGUGCUCCAGUUGCUGCUGGAGCUGGGGUCCUGUCGCUGCCCCACCCCCAUCUGCAGAGGUGCGCUCCAUUCACCGGUCGCUGCCCGGGCCUCCAGCAGCCCCCAGCCUUGAGUGGCAGGUGGGGCAUGUCCGCCAGCCACGGAGCAUGUGCACUUUCAGGUCACCAGAGGGCUUCAGCUUUGGUGCCCCCUCCAAGACCUCCUGCUCCCUGGAGAGGGGACAGGUGACGGAGAUCACCAGCCGGAGCCAGGAACCAGCGCUGGUGGCCCCCUUCUCACGCCCAGCUCCAGCUGCUUUAGUGGUUAGUUUUGCCAAAACCUCUCAGCGCCCACAGGCCGCUGCUGCUUCAGGGGUUGGCCCAAGCCCACCUGUGCCCUCUCCUCCCUGGCUUCCUGGGGACCAGCCCACACUGGCAGCGAUGGGUGGCUGGGGCAUCCAUGGGCUGCAGAAUGUCCCCCAGGGCUUUCUUCCCUGUGUGGCAGGUGGUCACCUCACAAGAGCCCCACAAGAGCCAAAAUCCAUCACCAAAGCUGCCUGUUUCCCCCAAGUGGGGUUGGGCACCUAUCUGCCUCCUCUGGUCCCUUGGCACUGGGCCCAGGAUGGAGCUAGUGGAUCCAGGGGUGCUGCCCGUGCAGCUCUGCAGGGGACCUAAUAAAUGACAGACCUGCUCCACGCCUCGUCCCUACACAGACCACUGGCAGGGGCAGUGGGGCCCCCUCUGCACCCUGUGAGGAGGGGGCAGGACCACGGCCUUGGGGGAAGGAGCUUGGUCCUGCCUGCAUACAUUUGGGCAAAGAAGUUGGGGUUGGGGCAGCCUCCCCAGCACAAACGGGAGGGAGGGAGGGAGUUAGGGUUAGGGUCUGGGCUAGUGUGGAAUCCCUAGAACACUGAGCUGAUUCCAGGCCAGGUGAGCUGCUCCAGGUGGUCUCUGGGGUGUGCCCACCUGUAGCCAGCCCUGGGCACUGCCCAGGUGUCUGGCAGACCCAGAAGGUACCAGGGAGACCCUGGGAGCUGAGAGGCAGGGGCUGGAACGAUGGGAUGAAUCCCCGAGGCCAGCCUGGGCUGGGUGGAGGGCCUGUACCCAGCCUUCAGAGCACAGCCCCAGAGGCUGUGCUGGACCUGGGGCGAGUGUGCAGGACCCCAGCUUCAGGGGAAGUGGGGUGUCCCAGCGCCGCCGGGCUCCCGCAGUGUGCGUCUGUGGUCCCGGCCUCCCAGGAGGCUGAGGCAGGAGGAUCACUUGAGUCCAGGAGCUCAAGACCAGCUGGACAGCUCAGGGAGACCCCAUUGAUCUGCUGUCCUGUCACUUACGUGCAAACGCUUCAGUGCACGUCUCUGUAAAUGGCCCUCAGGGCAGGUUUGCCAUCGCUGCAGCAGCAACCUCAGGUGACACGUGACACUGGCUCUCGCCUCAGGUUCCCAGCCAGGGCUCAGGUCCCUGUUGCCGCACAUUGUGAGACCUGGAGCCUGUGGGCAUUUCUCUUCCUGUGGCCUGCUGGAAUCUGGUGCUGUGCGCAGCUCCUACUGUCAGGCACAGGGUGGUGUCCUGGACCCUGGGGUCUGCCAGGGUCCAGGGGGGCAGGAAGCUGCCACACUUCCUGGGUCUGCAGUGGCAGGGUGUUCCAGGUUGGAAGCCCGCCUUGGACGGGUGGUGGAGAGGCACUACCCCUAACCCCUGGCAAGAUCCAAGGCAGGCCUGGCCCACCGUCCAAGACCUCACCGUGGGGGGAGGUGGUUGGGAUGAGAGUUGCUGGUCACACCAGGGUGUCAGGGCCCACCAGGAGACCGCUGUCCCAGCCUCCUCAGCAUGGAAGCCAGCCCUGUCUGGACAGAGCCUCCCUGGAGGCAAGAAAGUGCCCAGUCUGGUUUGGUGGGGUGGCCUGGCAGCCAUCCCUGCAGGGCAGGGUGCAGAGGUGGGGUGGGAGGGAGCCCCAAGCCAAAGGGAGGCGCUGGGUAAAGUACCCAGCGGGGACCUCCUGGGCAGGUCUGAGGGCAGCCGCUGUGUGCGGUGCCACCCUUUGGGGUCAGCGGGCAGGUACAAGUGGGCUGGCCCACACCCGGUCGGGUUCCUGCCUCACCGGCAGGUCACAUGGCCCCAAGGCCAGAGCCAGCUGACUUCCCACUUGGGCGCCGGGUAUAGGUCCAGCCCUGUGCGGUCAGCAUGCCCUCCCUUGGCCACAGGUCUUCUAAAGUGACACCACAGUUUACCAAAAGUCACAGCGUAGUUGUUACUGUCAGGCGGCAACAGCAGGGUGCCCAGACGUUCCCCCCACGGAGAGAACAGCUCUGGCACCGGGAGAGCGGGCGCCCCUGCACAGGGACAGUGGACCUUGCACCAGCUGUACGCAGGAGGUCCCUGGGGCUGGCCCAGACCCACCUGUGUGUGGAGGCCAACUGGUGGGAGCUGAGGCCACCCAGGAGACUACGGAGGCUGUGCAUCCAGGGCUCUCCCUGCAAGUGGGGCAGUCAGAGAAGAGCAGAGGCUUUGAAGUGGACGAAGGGACACUCGGGCGAACCCUGCGUUGGGCCUCCUGGGCAUGGCUCAGGAGCACACCAGGCUUGCUCUGGUUGGUCCUGAGUCGGAAGUUGGAAGGAAAGGGACUGGGGGAGUGCCCACCUGGCAUGCAGGAGGCCCUGGGCCCAUGCCCAGCAUCCCAAAAUACUAAGGAGCUGCAGGUUAGCAACCGAGGUGGUCACCUUGGGCCAGCUGCCACAGGGCAGUUGGCUCGCGACCGGGAUGCUGCAGAGCUGGGUCAGAGUUCUCUUCAUACACGCUGAGCUACGUGGCGCCCAGCACACACUAAGCGCAUGCUUCACCUCUGCACUGCACCUCAGCCUCUCCCCAGACUGAGGGGCUGCUGCGUCCGUCUGUCGCCUCCCAAUAUCUCAGGACCACAUAUUCGGCAAAGGGUUCCUAACGUUGACACCAAAACACAAGCAUCCAAAGAGAAAACAGGCACCAUGCACUGUGUCAAAAUAAAAAUGGCCUUGGGUCUCCUUCUCUGGGGCUCGGACAGCACCUUGCUGGGAUGGGGUGUCCUGGGUCCAUACCUUUGUGGUGCCUUGUGACAAAUGGCAGUUACCAACGGCAAGACAACUUUGAAUCUGUAUUCCCCGCCUCAUUUUCUACAGUAAGAUACUAGCUGCUUAAGAAAUAGACACUUUAAUUAAUCUAUUGAACAAAUUGGAAGAACAUUCCAAGAGAUGCAACCUCUUUAAAAAACAGGUCAAAUUAUUGAACUCUGUGCUAGAUAUGGUUGUAAAUGAACCAAUGGCAUGAAAAAAUAAAAUGUGCUUC